CUUUGGUUCUGUGCUGUGUUUUGGUGAGGGUUUUUUUUAUAGGUUUGGGUUUUUUUUUCUUUAUCAUUUGUGAAAAUGGCUUCGGCAUUAAACGAUGGGGACCUGGUGACGCUGCGGAACCGUUUUAAGAAAGGCGCGGAGUUUUUGCUUCAGACCUCCGAGCCGGAGGAGCGAGAAGAGCGGGACAAGGGUCCUGAGCAGAGGGAUAUGAAACCCCUCCCACGUAUAAACCGUCACUCUGUUUUCUGGAUUGCGGCAGCAGUUGCAGUCACAUACUACGUCGAUUUCUUCAGUCUUCUCCUGCACAGCGACAACAUCAACAGAUGGUGGUUAAACGUGGGCCUGCUCCUCCUCUCCCUCUGCCUCUCCUUGGCUCUCUUCUGUAUUGUUUACCUUGAAUGGUUUAAAGGGAUCUCUCAUUAUGAUCAGGAGUACCCCGCUGUCCCCGCCAUCACGACCGCUGCCUUCAUCGCUGCCUCCUGCAGCCUAAACUUGGCUCUGUGGCCACUCUGGUCCUUCCUCACGCCGCUCCUCCUCUUCACUCAGUUCAUGGGUGCCGUGAUGUUUGUCUCGCUGCUUGGAUAGACACCAUUUUACUGUCUUUGACGUCACUCACUCCCCAAUAACACAUAUUUAUGAUGUGAUGUUUAAGUGCUUUUUAUAACAUGUCUAAAUAAA